AUAUAUUUCGCAUUUGCAUACUAAAUUUGAUGAGUUUGAAAGUGAUAAUUGGCUUGAUAAACUGUUGAUUUAUUGAAUAUAGCAGUUCUUCCACCAAAACGGAACUGCGAUAAAUCAAUUUGUUUUGGUUGUGAAUAAAAACCAUAUCCAUAAAACUAAUUAUUGAAACGGUAUGUAACCGGAAAACCGUCGAUUCGAGAAGUGGUCAUUUGAAAGAUCUCGGUUAAUUUAUUGUAUAGUUUAGGCCCAAAAUAAUAAAAAUACAAUAUCACAAUCAUCCGAAUUCUCGGGCGCAAAUAAGCUAAUGUCUUGUAGAGAUGUAUUCAGACCGCUUCAAGUUCUCCAGAAUUUGAAGAAAAAACCGCUUUGUUGUUGAAUUCAUUAUUUAUGCUUGUGGAUUUUCUGCUUGGAAAAGUUUGAGAAAAGCAAGUGAAUAACCCCGAGACAAAUGUCUCCGUCAAUUACUAGGAACAAAAGUAAACAAGUGACACUGAUAAAAAGGUGAGCGAAUGACACUGUGACUUUUGACUAUAUUUUCGACCAAAAGUUAGAAUUUCAUGGAAAUAACAUCUCUCAAACCACGUACGCUAUCAUACUGAAAUGUUUUCACAUAUUUCAUAAUGUCUUCAAAAUGUAUUCACAAAAUGAAAUGUCUUCACAGUAGGUCAAAUGUCUUCAAAGUGAAGACAUGUCUGGCUUCUCUGAUCCCUCGCUCACCCUUCCUACCUCUUGAUAAAUUUUAUUUUUUGAAAUUUGUCGUUCGGUCAAUCCAAUGUGUAUCUACCUUGGAUCUAUCAUUCGUUUCUUACACACUCAACUUAGUGUUUUCCUCUUGUUUAGCUCCCGGAUUCAGUGCGUGCUAUUCCGUCUUUGAAUUUAUAUAAAUAUCAUAUAAUCUGGGUCCCACAAAACAUUCUGAAGAUCAGAAAAAUUGAACUACCAUUUCAACCACAAUGUAUAUAGCAAGAAAUCUUACCCAUAAAGGUUCAAAGAGCCCGUGAGCGUUGAGUUUAUAUAAUCAUCAAAUGUUAUAGAUCCUCCAAAUAAUUCUAGAGUUCAGAUAAUCAUAGAGUCAACAUAGUCGGUGUUAAGUCAGUCGCAAAAUUGAAAAUAUCGAGUUAUUGAUUGCAUUAGGUUAAGUAUUUCGUAAGCUACAUUCCACAUUUAUCAAAUUUGUAAAUCACUCGUGCAGCAGGAAAUCUCAUUUAGAUCUUGACAAAAUACUAAAAUAAUAAUACCAAAAUUGGAAAGAACUAGCUUUUAAAACCAGUAUUUCAUAAUUUCAAUACCAAAGUAACACUUUAUCAGUGUUGCUUUAGUAUUAGAAGUGCUCUUUUUAGUGUUGGAAUAAUAUUGUAAAUGUAGAUGUAUAGAUCUGCUCGAAUGAUAUGGUUAAUUAACUGUUUAUUUCGCCAUUUUAAGAACUACAUAUAAACACCACGCGAAGCUUUGAAGGAAAUCCUAUUGGUCAAUCAUUAGUAAAAGUAAAAAAAAUCAUUUCAGAGCCGAUAUUGACGUGGGACUACGUCUAACCGGAAUAUAUGGGGGGUAAAAUGAAAACAUAAACACUGAACAUGCAGGAAAAAAUGCAAGAUUUUGAAUGCUUAUAACUCGAACAUUUUCUACUGAAUCGGAAAGAUGUUUGCAUCAAUUGAUAGGGAAUAUUUCUACGCAUCUAUCGCAAUUACUAAAGUGUUAUUUUCCAUUAGGUAAAUAAUUGAAUAACUGUAAAAUGUUAAGCGUUAUCUAAACGCCCUUACUGCCUCGUUUUGAUUGGCCCGCUUUACGGUUUCCCCAACACAGACUUCAAAACCAAGCAGCCUUGGGGAAAUCGGAAUUGCAAAUACAUGAAAGUAGGGGGAGCUUUUGUUCCCACCAAAAUGUGUUUCCCUAACACAGACUUCAAAUCCAAGGAGCGUGGGGAAGUUGGCAUUGCAAAUACAUGCAAGUCGGGGGUAUUUUUGUUCCAACUGAAAUGUGUUUCCUCAACACAGACUUCAAAUCCAAGGAGCUUGGGAAAAUUUGCAUUGCGAAUUCAUGCAAUCGGGGGCAUUUUUGUUCCGACUGAAAUGUGUUUCCCUAACACAGACUUCAAAUCCAUGGAGCGAGGGGAAAUUGGCAUUGCAUAUACAUGCAAGUCGAGGGCAUUUUUGUUCCGACUAAAAUAUGUUUCCUAAACACAGGCUUCAAAACCAAGGUGUCUAUGAAAAUUGGGAUUGCAAAGCUGAUGAGUUGCGUGCGGAACUUACUCCUCCAGUUAAUCCCCCAUUUUACCCUCCAGAGAACUCAGGCUGGAGAAUUUUGGAUUCAACAAGGAGAUGGAAGCCAGAUUGGUCUGAGUAUGAUGCACGGCAACUCCGUAGAAUAGAACAACAAGAAGAGGCAGAUAAAGCCAGAAAACGGCGUAAACAAAAUCGGCGAUACAACAAUAAUAAUAAUAACAGAUACAAUGGUAGCCCUAACAAUGGCAGCAGGAAUAGGAAUAAUUUCAACAAUCGUAGAAAUAACAACAACAACAACAAUAAUAGGAAUAAUCACAACAUCCGUAACAACAACAACAACAACAACGACAACAACAAUAGCAACCGUAAUAACAACAGUAACAACAACAGUAACAACAAUCGUAACAAUACCACCAACACCAACAACAACAACAACAACAACAAUAACAACAAUAACAAUAUCAACAACAACAACAACAACAACAACAGGAGCAAUCACACUAACCGUAACAAUAACAACAACAACCACAGAAACAACAAUCGAAACAACCCCAUCAAUAGCAGGAAUAACAUCAAUAACAGAGGUAUACUUGGAAACAUGGCUAGCGGUCAACACAGAAACAUCCAACUUCCAACGGACAGAGAGCUUCUGGCGGCAGCGAAGUAUCAAUUCUCUGGGCUCCCGGCUAGCUAUCGACCAAUACAAUUUGAAAGAGGGGAAAUUCUCAACCCCUACAUGGCACCCAACGUACCACAUUGCGUUCAAGCGCAUUCGUCCUGCUGCAUGACUUCGGGAGACUCUACAGCUGCACCGUGCAACAUAUAUUCAUGCAGGCAUUCGUGUUUUCCCCGGAAUUGACAAACCCAUUGGAGGAUGACAACUCGCCACUUCCUGGCGUAAGGCAAGACAUGACAUCUUCUCAGGAGGAGAUGUUUCCAUUAACGAAAUCAGACUUCACAGAAGAUAAUCAAUUGUCAGCUUCACACCAAGGAGAAGUAUUGUUCCAGUUGACAAUGUUCAGAAUCGACAGAAAUGCUUCUUGGACAAAUAUGACCGAAGAUUUUUGUGUGACCGAAUCAUUAACUCCACUUUGGAAAAAUGAAGCUUUCCACACAGCUAUCGAAUGUUCUAUAUUUAUAGAUAACACUCAAAAACCAUUUGAUUAUGAAUUUGAGGAAGUCUCUGAUUACACUAAAGCAAAUUACCAAUCAAUUAGGUGUAAGCUUAACUAUAUCAACUGGCAGGAUUUAUUUAGAAGUGUGGAAAACAUUGAAGUAGCAGUGACGACUUUUUACUCGAUGAUCAAUGAAAUUAUAGAGCAGGAGAUACCAAGAAGACGAAAAAGGAGAAAUAUGAAAACAAAAUAUCCGAUUUGGUUUAAUCAAAGCAUAAAGAAUCUAAAAAAUUAAAAACAGAAGGCACAUAAAUUUUAUAAGAAAUACAAAUCUGACGCUAAUCUCCAAAAAUAUCUGAACAUUUGCGAACAGCUCAACUCAACUGUUAAAAGCGCUUUUGAAGAUUACAGCUUAAAAACAGAGUCGGACAUAAAAUCUAACCCGAAAAGUUUCUUUAAUUACAUAAAAACAAAAUUAAAAAGCAAUGGUUUUCCAUCACGCAUGCACCUUGACGAUACCGUGGGGAAUGACCCAGAAAAAAAUUGCAACCUCUUUGCAUCAUUUUUUCAAGAAGUUUAUAUUGUAACAGCUGAGGAGGACCGAGAUCGUGACUUCUUUGCAUUUCUUCCAGAAUUUACAUGUGAUGUUGGAGUCAGAAAACUAACUUACAUUGAAAUUUUUACGCAUUAAAUAAGCUCGAUGUCUCGAAAGGGCCAGGUCCUGACGGAAUUCCACCGGUUUUUAUAAAAAAUUUGGCAUCUGAAUUAACUCAUCCACUUUUAUGGCUUUUCAAUAUGUCAUUGGAAUCAGAAAGGUUCCCACAAAUAUGGAAAAACUCUUUUCUUGUACCAAUAUUCAAAUCCGGUAAUAGAUCCGAUGUAAGAAAUUAUCGUGGAGUAGCAAUUAUUUCUUGCAUUCCAAAACUCUUUGAAGCCAUAAUAAACCAAAAACUUUUUCAACAACUAAAGACACGAAUUACGAAUAAGCAACACGGUUUUUUCAAAGGACGAUCAACAACAACAAAUUUGCUGGAAUUUGUCACAUUCACUUUGAAUGCAAUGGAUAAUGGUAAUCAAGUUGAAGCUCUAUACACUGACUUUAGUAAGGCUUUCGAUCGUGUUGAUAUACCCUUACUCCUUCUUAAACUUCAAAAAAUAGGGAUAGAAGUCAAGCUAUUGAAAUGGCUAGAAUCAUAUUUGACUGACCGCAUCCAAAUGGUAAGAUUUAAUGGGGAAAUUUCAAAACCAAUAUUUGUUACAUCCGGAGUUCCUCAAGGCUCUCAUUUGGGGCCACUUUUGUUCAUUUUAUUUGUUAAUGACCUUUGCGUUUUUCUUAACAGUGUUAAGGCACUUAUCUACGCAGAUGAUAUGAAACUGUAUAUGGAAAUAAAGAAUGAAGAAGACUCUCAAACAUUCAAAAAUGAAGUUGACAUAGUUUAUAAUUGGUGCACUAAGAGUUUAUUACAGCUCAAUGUUAGGAAAUGCACUUUGAUUACUUUUACAAGAAGAAGAACACCAUUGAACAAUGGUGUUAUACUGGGUAAUCAACCCAUCAGUAGAUGUCAACGAGUUAGAGAUUUAGGUGUGAUCUUAGAAAACUUACUCCGUGGAUCAUUAUAAUACAAUCAUCCAUAGAGCAAAUAAUAUGUUGAGCUUCAUUAAACGCUUUAGUUACCAUUUCCACGAUCCGUACACAAUAAAAACAUUGUAUAUUACAUACGUCAGAUCAAUUCUCGAAUACUGUAGUAUUGUAUGGUCCCCCUACAUAACUUCACACGAAGACAGAAUUGAAUCUGUACAAAAACAAUGUUUGUUAUUUGCACUUCGUAAACUAGGCUGGUCUUCAUAUCAUCUACCUCCAUAUGAAGCACGCUGUAUGCUAAUCAAUAUUAAAAGCCUAAAAGAACGUCGGUACUCUACCAUGAUUCUAUUUAUUGUUGAUAUCAUAUUACAACGAGUGGACUCAGAAGAAAUAUUAGGAAACCUGAAUUUUUACGCACCGAUUAGGAACCUGAGAAACCCUAACAUUUUUUACAUAGAUUAUCGAAGAACGAAUUAUGCUAAAUAUAGUCCUAUUCAUCGUAUGAUGAGCCUCUGUAACGAACACAGUGAAACAAUUGAUGUAACCAUGUCAAGAUCAAUGCUCAAAGACUAUCUGAAUAGCAUAAGAUAUCGUUAAAUUUCACUGUAAUAUUUGGGCAGCAUAUUUAGUCUACGCUGGUUUGACGAAAUAAAUAAAUUUAAAAAAAUUGAUUCUGUAACUUGUCAAAAUCGUCUUUAAAAUUAAACGAAUAAAUUAUCCAGCCAGCUCUCUUUAGAUUUUUAGUUUUAUGUAAGUAGUUUUAAGUAGUAUUAAGAAUGUAUCGGUCUACAAUUUAGAUUGACGACAAUAAAAAAAAAGUCACAGGAGGGUUGUGUCCGAGACACGACCGCAUAGUUCACGUAGGAUUCCGUUAGGCUAUCUGUUGAUGCGAAUUUAAAUUGGACUGCAGCAACCAAAAAACCAGACGGGUUUUGUAUACCCAAAAUUAUCAAUAGGCUCGAGCCUAAAUAAAUAGAUAGGUCUGGUUGAUCUGGAAUAAACAUAAAACAUCUUUAUCGCACGAUCCUUAGUGAGGAUCGUGUGAGUCAGUUUUAAGAUAAGGUCGGAACGAUCCAGAAUAAAUAAAUAAAUCCGUUUCUUUUACGAUCAUAUGAUUCAUAGUUUUUCAGAUAGGGAAACAUUUUAUUGCACGACCCUUGUGAGGUCUAGUUUACGAUAAGCUCGGGUCGAUCCCGAACAUAAAUAAAUACAUUUCUCCUGCACGAUCCUGUUUGAGGAUCGUGUGAUUUAUAGCGUCUAGUUUUGAGAUAGGAAUUUUUGUUUAUGUUUUGGUGUUACGAUAGCGGGGAGCUUAUCGUAAGAUUAGGUUUCGUUAAGAGGAAUGAGAAAAAUAAAAAGGAGUGAGUUUUGAGACACGAAAGAGGACGGUCGUUGUCUCUCUUUUUAGAACGGAAAAGAAAUCCAGUUGCCUAGACCGCUAGGCAACGCCUCUCUUGUGGUGACAGCGGUGGGAUGCUGUCCAAGUGGGGACAGCAGCCCACCCAUCGUUGUGUUAAGUUUUGCGUGAAAAAAAAAUAUCAGUGACAAAAGUGAUUGUUUCAACCGUUUGGCGAAAACUCAAAAAAAAAAUCAAUUACUGCCCGUUAGAAGGACUUUCUGGAAAUAUAUUGAGCUCCGAGCACCAUGCAAGAACGUGCUGGCGGGACAAGCAACCCAAAGAGUGUAAGAAGUGUAAAGAAAACAAACGAAGUUUUAUUUGGAGAGAUCAAUUAUGAACUGAAGUGCUGAAAAGAAGGAAGAAUUACACAGUCGAUAAGAAGAAUAAAGAACAAAAUUCGCGGUUCAGUUAAAUGCAGUAAUGUUGCGCAACCUAAAAACGAAUAACAACUCGGUGUUCCUCAAGUUCAUCAAAUAGUUCGGCGUGUCUUCACAGAAUUGGAACUCGAUGGUGAUAUGCAUUCAGUCGAUGUGCAAUAAGUCGGGCGAGUAUGGAAAACCAUCCGUUGGCCAAAGGAGGCGGACAAGAAAGAAUGGAUUCUUGGAGGAACAAAUGGUAAUCUCAUUGUGACGCGGGUCCAACGAAAGGACAACACAGAAUGGCAUCAGUUUAGGUAACGCAAGAUAAAAAAUAUCAUAUUCUAUCAACGUAUUCCCAUUAGCUUAUGUGUAUCAUGAAAAGUUAGCAGAGUAGGUUGCCAAAUUAAUGAAAUCAUAAAACAAAGUAAUUGCAAAUAUGCGAGAAGGAAAGACAAAUCAGCCGUAAAAAUCGGAAAAAGCACAUAUGUUCCCCGUUAACUAUUUGAAGUAUAAAAUCAUUUAAUCGUUUUCUCUGAUGCAUUAUUAUGGCACUAAUGAAUAUAAGAAAAAAAGAGCAAAUAUUGAAAAGACCUUAAGAAACAUGAAUCAAAGAAAGGCCAAUUAUUAGUGAUCAGUAUUCCAUCCAUUCUGUAAAAACUGCUUAUUUAGUUAGAAAAACAACAUUCAUGCCUCUCAUACUUUAAUAGUAUGUACAGGGUAAUAUGGGGAAAGUACAUAUCGAAUUAAAAAAAUGCGUGAUUCUUUCUUACACACACGCUUUGAAGUGGGAUUUUUAGAAAAAAUGAAGAUAUUGAGUCGUAUAUGUCUACAGCCAAAUAAUAACGAGAAUGAGUCCAUCAAUCGCUAAAAUAGCUUUUGAAUGUACCGAAGGGCUGGAAGGCCAGGAAUUCAUUCCUGUAAGGACAUGUAUAAAUCGAUAUUUACAUAAAAGUUCACGAGAAACUAGAAAUGUGGAAUAUAACGAUGAUAAAGAAAAAUAAAACGAAGUAGCGCUAUGAAAGCGAAGAAGCAAUAUAUUCAAGAAAAUUAAUAUAAUAUAUGAAAUAAGAAAGGGAUUUUAAUAAACAUAUUGUACGAAGAGGCUGUAAAAGCUCUACUAUGUUAAUCGAUAAGACUUUUUGGGACAUUUCAAGGAGAUAUGAUCGUUCUUAUUUUUUCAUUUUUAAAUUGGCGGAAAUUACAGAAUUGAAGGAAUAAUUAUUUAAAUAGCAUUCCGAAAUUAAGAACAGUAACUGAAUAUUCGUCUGUUUAGGGAAAUCGAAACAGAUUGAAUAGAUCAUAAUGAAUCGUUUAUCAACACACCACACAUCACAAUAUAUCAGCAUAUUGUGAAUGCUGUCAGAGUUGAAGGAAUUUUUAUUAAAAUUACAUCUGGAAUAUAAAAAUAUAAACUGAAGAAAAUAUUGUUAACGAUUUUUCGACAUGUCGAGCUCAAAUCACAUUGAGUAGUGUUCUGCACUAUUUUACUAUUUUUUUAUCAGGCGGCAACAUCACUUUUCAUACUGUUUCAUUGUUUUGUGAAACUCCCAACAAUUGACAUACAAAAAAAAAAUCGGAUUAGUAUAAUUUUAUCAAUUCACAUACAUUAGUACA